UUAACAAGCCUUUUGCGCAUGCGGGUUGCGCGUGUCUCCUCGUGAUGACAGCAAAUGACAGUACUGUUCGCUCCUGCAGAAGCCAGUGUGAGACGGCUAACCGCCAACAACUGUUCCUCUGAUUCGAGAAAUCGUAUGAUCGGCUGUGUUUAGAGAAAUAGUGAACAACCAAUACACGCUUAUUACGUUUGUCAUUUAGCGCUCUGCCUGUGUGAGCUGGUGAAGAUGGUGAAGCCAGACAUCCACACUCUGGCCCACCACCUGAAGCAGGAGCGCCUGUACGUGGCAUCGGAGAAGCAGCUGAUCCAGAGGCUCAACAGUGAUGUGCUGAAGACAGCUGAGAGGCUGUACCGGGCCGCAUGGAUCGCCAAGCAGCAGAGGAUCAACCUCGAUCGUCUCAUUCUCACCAGUGCGGAGGCCUCUCCAGCUGAAUGCUGCCAACAUGCCAAAAUGCUGGAAGACACGCAGUUUGUUGAUGGCUACAAGACGCUGGGUUUCCAGGAGACGAUCUACGGGGAGUUCUUGGCAAGGUUAAGGGAGAACCCCAGACUGGUGGCUUCCUGUCUGGUGGCGGGAGAGAGGCUGAACCAGGAGCACAACCAGUGUGUCACCCAUACAGUCUUCACCUCACUUUAUGGCAACUGUAUUAUGCAGGAGGAUGAAAGCUACCUGCUACAGGUGUUGCGAUACCUGGUGGAGUUUGAGCUGAAGGAGAGUGACAACCCUCGGCGUUUACUGCGACGGGGAACCUGUGCCUUCAGCAUCCUUUUCAAGCUCUUCUCCGAGGGCCUGUACUCAGCCAAACUCUUCCUCACCGCCACCCUACACGAACCCAUUAUGCAGCUGCUGGUGGAAGAUGAAGACCACCUUGAGACUGACCCAGCCAAGGUGACGGAGCGCCUCACUCCGGCCCAGCAGGAACGCUUUGGAGAGAAGGGCUCCGAGGGCUACAAACAAAGGGUGCAGUCGGCUGUGGAGGCCAAUGAAGCUAAGCUGGUAACUCUGGUCAACAAGUUUAUUGGUUACCUGAAGCAGAACACCUACUGCUUUCCCCACAGCCUGCGCUGGAUUGUGUCGCAGAUGUACAAGACUUUGUCAUGUGUGGAGAGUCUUGAGGUGGGCGAGGUGCGCACCAUGUGUACAGACCUGCUGCUGACCUGCUUCAUCUGCCCAGCUAUAGUUAACCCCGAGCAGUAUGGAAUCAUCUCAGACGCCCCCAUCAAUGAAGUAGCCCGCUUCAAUCUAAUGCAGGUGGGGCAGCUUUUGCAGCAGUUGGCCAUGACCGACGAUGAUGCAGACCCAAGGCGGAAAAGCAGUCUGUCCAAAUUUGACAAGAGUUGUGUAGCCGCUUUUCUGGAUGUGGUGAUUGGAGGAAGAGCCGUCGAGACUCCACCCGUGUCCUCACUGAACCUUCUAGAAGGCCUGAGUAGGACUGCGGUCUAUAUUUCACAUAAUCAGCUGCUCGUGCUGGUGGACUUUGUGCGGAACGUGAUGGCAGGGGACCACCUUCGGGAGGAGGAGCACAUGACUCUGGAGACCUUGGUUGCCAACGUGCCCCAGUCUCGAACUGUGAAGAGCAACAGUCUGGAGCUCACUCCCUCCAACACCCCCCAGCUCUCCCCGGCUACCACUCCUGCCAACAAGAAGAACAGGCUCCCGAUAGGACAACACUUAGCGGCUAUUACAUCCUGGGACUCCACAACCACCUCACUGUCUGCUCACAUUCCAUUAGUAACCCCUUUUGCUGCUCGAAGCCGCAGCCGUACCAACAUAGCCCAGGAGGGGGAGGCAGAGGCCAGCUCCCAGGAGUCUCUACAGGAGCUGAUGCCAGAGGAGGUGCUGGUGGUUUCACUAGGAACUGGUCCUCAGUCUGUCCCUGGGAUGAUGUCAGAAAAUGAGGUUUUGAACCUGCAGAUGGCUGAUGGGGCCCAGGGGGAUGGCCAUGCUGAUGAUACUAAGCUGCAUGGUAAACCAGACAAAACCCUGCGCUUCUCCCUCUGCAGCGACAACCUGGAAGGCAUCUCAGAGGGUCCAUCCAACCGGUCUAACUCUGUGUCCUCUCUGGACCUGGAGGGAGAGUCUGUUUCUGAGCUGGGAGCCGGACCGUCGGGGAGCAACGGGGUGGAGGCUCUGCAGCUUUUGGAGCAUGAACAAGCCACCACUCAAGACAACCUGGAUGACAAACUGCGAAAGUUUGAGAUCAGAGACAUGAUGGGCCUGACAGACGAUCGGGACAUCUCUGAGACGGUCAGCGAAACCUGGAGCACCGACGUGCUCGGCAGUGACUUUGACCCCAACAUGGAUGAAGAUCGGCUGCAGGAAAUAGCAGGGGCAGCAGCAGAGAACAUGCUCGGCAGCCUGCUGUGCCUUCCUGGCUCGGGUUCAGUGCUGCUGGACCCCUAUGGUUCGACCAUCUCGGAGACCACGAGCGAGGCCUGGAGUGUGGAGGUCCUGCCCAGCGACUCAGAAGCCCCAGACCUGAAACAGGAGGAGCGUCUGCAGGAGCUGGAGAGCUGUUCAGGGGUUGGCAGUACCUCCGAUGACACAGAGGUCAGAGAGGUCAGCUCGAGGCCCAGCACACCAGGCCUCAGUGUUGUCUCAGGCGUCAGUGCAACGUCAGAAGACAUCCCCAACAAGAUCGAGGACCUGCGGUCAGAGUGCAGCUCAGACUUCGGAGGGAAGGACUCUGUGACCAGUCCAGAUGGGGAGGAGUCAGGCCACGGAGCACAUCAUCUGACUUCUCAACCCUCACAGGCCGAUUCCUUAUUGGCCAUGUUUGAUCCUCUCUCCUCCGGUGAAGGCUCCUCCACUGGAACAAUAGUGAGACCCAAAGUGCACUACGCCAGGCCCCCUCACCCUCCCCCCGAUCCUCCCAUCCCUGAAGCCAGUGCCCUGGGGCCGGAGACGCGCCACUCUCUCUUCACGCCCCACUGCCUGGCCCAGGCUGAGCUGGAGCACACCAAGCAGCGCCACUCCUUCCCUGACAGGCUGGUCCGUAGCCGCAGCUCUGACAUUGUGUGCCCAGGCCGCCGGCCCACAAGUGACCCCGGGCUUAACCGGCGGGUUGCGGUUGAAGAGCGCGACCCCUCUGGGGCCUUCGCCUUAGGACCCUCCUCGUCCCCCAGCAAGGACUCCCUGAAAGGAGAGGUUGAGGAGAGGAAAGACAGCGACGACGAGAAGUCUGAUCGCAACAGGCCAUGGUGGAAGAAACGCUUCGUGUCAGCCAUUCCCAAAGCUCCGAUAGCUGCAUUUCGGAAAAGGGACAAGCACGAGAAGGACGACAUUGUCCCCGAGCGCGUCCCACAAGAUGACCCAUUGCCUAGACAGAGCGCUCAAGCGCAGGCAGCUGAAGACAUCCUGGACAAGUACAGGAACAUCAAGAGGACCAGCCCAAGUGACGGAGCCACAGGUGGAGCGUCUUACGAUGGCACAGGAGAUGUUUGUGUUGAGGACAGCGUGCACGACUCUCCUAGAGAAGACACUCUGCAGAAUAAUUCCACGGAUGACCUGCCAGACUCAGCCAGCCAGACGGCACAGCAGCACGACUCCAAGUUCUCUUUCAGUGAUGCGAAGAAGAAGUUGAGGUUGGCAUUGUGUUCUGCAGACUCGGUGGCUCUGCCCAUCAUGCUUCCUACGACCACACGAAAUGGGCUGCCUGACCACAUGGAGUCUGACGACAAUGAGAUCGUCUGCUUCCUGAAGAUCCAGCUAGCAGAGGCCAUCAACCUUCAGGAUAAGAACCAGAUGGCCCAGAUCCAGGAGACCACGCGCUGUGUCAGCCGCUUCGACGCACGCACCAGCAGGAAGCUGAUGGCUGCCAUUGCGGAAGAUUACAGAAAGCGGGCACCGUACAUAGCUUAUCUAACCAGGUGUCGUCAGGGCCUGCAGACCUCACAGGCCCACCUGGAGAGGCUCCUCCAGAGGGUGCUGAGAGACAAGGAGGUGGCUAACCGCUACUUCACUACCGUCUGUGUUCGGCUCCUUCUUGAACACAUGGAGUCCAAGAUGCUUGACUUCAUUAAAGCGUUCCAGGGGUGCACAGCAUCGGAUGACAAGACCGCAGCAGUGGAGGAUUUCCUGCGCUACUUGUACGGCGCCAUGGCCCGUGAUGCCAUUUGGCAGUACGCUAGCGAGGACCAGCUGCAGGACGCCCAGAUGGCUAUCGAGCGCAGCGUUAUGAACCGCAUCUUUAAACUGGCCUUCUACCCCAACCAGGAUGGAGAUAUUCUCAGAGACCAGCUUUUCCAUGAACAUAUCCAGCGGCUCACAAAAGUCGUGACGGCCAAUCACAAAGCUCUUCAAAUCCCAGAGGUUUACCUGAAGGAGGCUCCCUGGCCGUCUGCACAGUCUGAGAUCCGGACCAUCAAUGCAUACAAGACACCACGAGACAAAGUCCAGUGUGUGCUGCGCAUGUGCUCCACCAUCAUGAACCUCCUCAGUCUGGCCAACGAAGACUCCGUCCCUGGAGCGGAUGACUUUGUCCCCGUGCUCGUCUUUGUCCUCAUAAGGGCAAACCCGCCCUGCCUGCUGUCCACCGUUCAGUACAUCAAUAAUUUCUAUGCCAGCCGGCUGAGUGGGGAGGAGUGCUAUUGGUGGAUGCAGUUCACCGCGGCGUUGGAAUUCAUUAAGACCAUCGACGAUCGCAAGUGAAGCAGAACAGCCACCUGUAUGGGCAGACUGCGGGGGAAGGAGCCGGGAGACUGGGAGACUUCCCAACCAACUGCUCCCUCUGCACAGCUUAUCAAACCUGGCCCUCAGCCUGCUCUUUAUUUGUAUAGCGUGUACAUAGCCAGAGACGUUGAAAGAGUACAAAAUAUAUAAUACUUUAUGUAUGUGGACAAAUCCAGGUUUUAGCUGUGCUGAAAAACGGCGCUGGGUAAAAAUUGGCAAGAUGUUAACCUGAUUUGGAUUUCUUCCUCUUUUUUUUUUUUGUCUCUUCAAUCAUGGUUCACG